AUGCUACUAUUUGCGAAAUUCUUGUUGAUUUCACUAUUCGUCAAUGUCUUUUGCCAAUUUGGUGGAAUUUACGGCUAUGAUCCCUAUGGAAUUCCUCCACCUGUACCGCCACCAAUGUAUCCUCCUUAUCCUUAUGGUUACGGAUAUGGUGGAUAUGGUUUCAUGCAUCCGCCAGGAUCAAUAGAGAGCAUAAUCGGUGGAGCUUUAAUGGGAACAGCGGCUGGAUUAUUGUACGGCAAGAAAAAAUAA